AUGGCUGAUAACAUGAGCGUGGUUGUUUCUGCUAGAAGCAACACUAUGAGGCCUAAGCCGUCGCCGGUGGGACAAACGUCUGUCUCGGUCCUAACCCCUGCUUUGAUCUUGACACGGCCUUCACCAGUCUUGGUUCAUGUGAACCACAAUGAGAAGCCUGAUAAAGAUCCUCCUACUGUUAGAGAGGAUGAAGUGGAUACUCAAGCAUUCCAUGCAGUUGAUGCAUGGAACCAUUCUGCCUUCCUAUGUCGGAACUAUGUGUUGAACGACUAUAUUGAUGGACUUUACAACGUGUAUAGCUUAAAGAAAACAACUGAGGAAUUAUGGGAAUCUUUAGACCAGAAAUACAAGUCUGAAGACGCGGGUGCUAAGAAGUUCUUAAUGCACAAGAGGAAAGAAAUGACCGUUGAGCAAUUGGUUGUCAGGCUUCGUAUUAAAGAAGACAAUAGGCGGUUUGAGAAGAAGUUCUCCAAUGCAACCGCAAGCUCUGCUGAGGCUAAUGUGGUGGAGCAUGAUGGCUCCAAAAAGAAAAGAGAACCCAGAUCCAAGUUGGGACCAAAAGGAGGAAUUGUCAAGAAAAAAUUCCAAGGGAAAUGCUUCAAUUGCAAUAAGGUUGGGCACAAGUCGGCAGAUUGCAAGCUGCCGAAGCAAAACAAGGAUAAAGAGGCCAAUGCGGUGGACACCAUUUCUAAAGAAGUAUCCGACAUCAGCUUGUCAACUGUUGUCUCCAAAGUGAACUUGGUCGACUCCAAUCCAAAGGAGUGGUGCCUCGAUACUGGGGCUACUAGACACAUUUACUGUGACUGGGCCAAGUUUGUUGAUCUAAUUCCGUUGGAAACUGGAGAGAAGCUUUUCAUGGGUAACUCCGCAACUUCUGUGAUCAAAGGCUAA